GGAUGCCAUGAAAUCAGUGGCAAAGGUGUGCUUUGUAGUUGAAUAGGGUUUAUGUAAAUUUAUGCAUUUGAAAUAUUCGUGUUGAUACUUAACCUUAGCAACUUUUUAAAGAUGGUUACGCUGUUGUAUCACUCAGCUGAUUCAAUUUUAAGCUUCAAUUAAAUGUAUACAUGCGGUAUAAACGAAAUUAUAGUGAAGUAAAUGAAUAGAUUGUUAUAAUUAUUUACUUCAACAUGGCGGGCACCGAAUUACUUUCCACUUUAACAAUUGCCAAAGGUGAUCAAAUUGUCGUAACCGUAGAAUCAGCUCUACCAGAUAUUAUUGUAGUCAGUUUUAUAAAUGGAGUUAGGUCUUUCCAGGGUGCUUUACUUGAUGUUAAUAAAAAGGGAUUGCCUUGCGGUAUAAAUCCACCAAAACCUACAACAGAUACCGAUGGCGACAAAUUGAGUGCAUUAGCGGCUCGUUUCACAUACUUUCAAGAACCUGAAAUAUCGAAAGUGAAGCCACAGGAGCCUAAGAAGAACGUAAAUCCUUCAGUCAAGUAUAAAAAUACUCGACCGACAGUGAGAUUACGUCCUAGACAAGUAUUAUGCAAUAAAUGUCGAUCUAUUUGUAAUGAAAAAAAUGAAAAUGUGGAUUUAGGGAAAAAACGAAAAUUCGAUAAUUCCAAAGAUAAUCUUGAUUCAGAGCCAUUAGCAUCUGGAGUGAGACGGAGUGAGCGUCGGAUUCAACAACAAUCAGAUCAAGGCAGCAGUGAAUCAAGCAAUUAUUUUUCUUCAUUGAUUCCAAAAAUUUCUAGACUGGAUUUUAGUAAAAAAAACGAUUGUAGUAAAAAUGAAUUAAAAGAAAAUGUAGGAUUAAGUUGGUCGAACGAUAAUUCUGGUGGCUCAUGCGAUAAAGAUGAUGCCACUCCAAGCAGGUUGAAUAAUUUUGCUGUUGAUGGUGAUGAUAAGAUAUUUGAUAAUGACGGAAUGCUAGAAGAGAAGACUUUGGCAGCAGCAGAUUCAACAAUAAAAAGCAAAUCUAGUAGGAGGAUAAGAAAAAAACGAUCUGUUGGCUCUAUGGAAGAUCUGUGGGAUGAAACUAUUUUUGAAGAUGUGAUAAAAUCACCAAGAGCCACACCUGUUAUAAAAAUAUCAUUUGGAUCGCAAGGAGAAGGUACCGUUUUAAAAAUACCUUCAAAAACGAAAAAUCCAUCCAGUGAAAUUGAUGAUAAUGAGGAAGACGAUGAGGAAAAAAAACCUCAAGACAGCGAAGAUGGCACAGUUAUCGACGAAAAUGUAAUAAAUAAUGUCGAUAGUAAUGAAGAUAAAGAGUGCCAAAAAUCAGUUGAUGCGACAAAGUUUAAUCAUAAAGACUUAGCAUGUGCUAAAGCUGCAAAAAAAGCAUUAAAAAAGGCCAAGAAAGAAGCUCAGAAGAAAAUAUCUAAUGGUGGAGUAUCACCAGCAAGAUCACCUUUGAGUACUUCCUCAAGAUAUAAUUCAACAUGUGAUCCACCUGUAUUAUAUCAUCGACGAAAACACAAAGAUAAGCACAAAAAGAAGCAUAAAGAAGGACGAAAGCAACACAAAAGUCAAGAGGUAUUACAGAAAGAUGCUAACAACGAGACCAAAGAAUUAAAUUUAUUUCCUGCAUUAGAUAAACAACAUCAAAAGAAAAACUUGAAUGAUUUCUCUGAAAGUGAAUCUUAUACAGCUAUUAAAGAGCAAUGUUUGAAACAAAAAUUAUGUAUAUCUUUAAGACGCCUAAAUGCUAAUGCGUAUACUCGAUGUAAUUAUUCAUCAAGCAACACGUCUUCAGAUUGCAAAACUCCUAUUACAAGUAGUGAGGAAAUGAGUGAAACUGAACCAGAUUCAGAAACAAAGCCUGCACAGAAGCUGAAAAAUAAAAUUGACGAAAACAAUGGUAUUUCUAAUUUUUCUUCAUCUUCAUCUCCACUUUCCAUUCCUUUUUCUACGACAUCUGUAGAACAUUGUCUUACAGCUACCGGAAGGAGAAUGGAUGUUGGAGAUAUUGUUUGGGGAAAAAUUCACGGAUUUCCAUGGUGGCCUGGAAAGGUUUUAAGUAUAUCUGUCUCUUGUAAAGAAGAUGGAACAUCAUCUGGAGCCCAGGCCCAUGUUGCAUGGUAUGGAUCAUCAACAUGUUCUUUAAUGUCAUGUGAUCGUUUAAGUCCUUUUCUCGAAACAUUCAAGGCACGUUAUAACAAAAAAAAAAGAGGUCCUUAUAAAGAAGCCAUACGACAAGCGCAAUCAGAAGCACAAAGCCAAGUAUCAUCUAAUUCAAUCAGUAAUGUAUUAAAUGUAUGUGAGUCACCACGUGAGGUAAAUGUUUUAUCCUGAUAAAUCUUGGUUCUUAAGACAAUAUAUAUCUACUCUGACUUCGGUCACUGCCAUAAACUGCCUCUGUCAAACAGCUAUGAUAAUUUUCGUUUAAUCUGUAAUAUAAAAUAUAUCAUGUGACUGUAAAUAACUGAUAACCGUUUACUAUAACCGUGAAUUAAUAAUGAAUCUCUCAGAAUUUCAUUAUUAUGAAUUACUU